UUUUAAUAAGGUGUAGUAUUCAUUGUUCAGGUGCUGGUCAUUCUUUCUGUGCACGUUUUCUAAUAAAUCCUGUCAUAUGUGAGCCUGGAGCACAAAAGCAGUACGGGUUUAUUGUAAAUUAUUUUACUAAGUAAAGAUCAUGCUCCAUGAAGAUAUUUAGUAAAUAUGUAGCAAAGCGUGUUUUUCUGUCAGUAAUAUUCAUCGGGCAACUUUAAAUUCGAUUUUCUCAAUAUUCAUCCUCAAACACGGUCCCAUCAAAGAGAAGCUGACGUCUUCAGGAUACAGUACACGCGCUCAGAAAGCCGACCACGUGACGCCGGGGUGUGGCGUCAGAGCAGGGACUUUUAUUUUGAAAGGCUCCUCCGCGCCACGUCCGCGCCGCGUCGUUCGCGAUGGACCCGGAGGCCUGCUUCACUCUGGCGUACGCGGCGUUCUGCCUGUGCUUCGUGCUGAGCCCCAGCGAGGCGCGCUCCGCGGGCCUGACCGUGCAGCACCUGUUCUCGGGCUGGCUGGGCAGCGAGGACCUGCACUUCAUCCAGCACCACCUCAGGAGGAGCACCCUCACCCUGCUGCUGCACUGCUGCCUGCCGCUCGGGUACUAUGUCGGGAUGUGCGUGGCGUCUCCGGAGCAGAAGCUGCUGUCCGUGCGUCAGGCGAGCGCGUGCUGGCAGCUGUACCUGAGCGUGUCCGUGUCCGUGCUGCUGGUCAGCGGCGUCCUGGCGCUCCUGUGGUCCAGACGCGGCUGGGACCUGCACCCCAUCAGCAGGGCCCUCGCCGCUCACGCCCAGCCCCGCUCCGGCUGGAGAGCCGUGGCCUCCUCCAUCAACACCGAGUUCCGGCGCGUCGAUAAGUUCUGCUCGGGCUGCGCCAGCGCCAGGGUGAUCGUCACCGACACCUGGGUGAUGAAGGUCAGCACGUACUCGCUGCACGUGGCCCUGCACCGGGACUGUCACCUGACCGUCACCGACUCCCGGCAGCACAGCCUGUCUCCCGAGCUCCACGCCCCGCUGCAGAUCCUCAGCAUCCGCGUGAGCAGCCUCGACCCCCGAGUCCAGCCCUUCCUCAUCAGGCUGAAGUCCACCGAGUACAUGGAGCUGCAGGACAAACUCCAAGCACCCAUCAGGAACGCCGCCAACGUGGUCAUCCAUCUGACCAUGAGCGAGCUCUUCCUGGAGACCUUCAAGACGUACGUGAGGAUGAACGAGUCUUACAGGUGUCCGAGCGGACAGGAGCUGGAGCCGUGUAUCGGCUGCAUGCAGGCCAGCGCCGGCGUCAAGCUGCUGCGUCUGUGUCAGGCGGACGGGGACGGGGAGUGCCAGCGCUGCUACUGCCGGCCCAUGUGGUGUCUCACCUGUAUGGGGAAGUGGUUCGCCAGCCGCCAGGACCAGCAGCAGCCGGAGACCUGGCUCGGCAGCAGGGUCCCGUGUCCCACCUGCAGGGCCAAGUUCUGCAUUCUAGACGUCUGCUCCAUUGAAUGAGGAGAUCGGUCUGAACCUCUGCGUGCUCGCGACACCUCUGUGCCUCUCAAACUGCAAACAUGACGGAGAAUCACGCCGUCCAGAGCUCGUCCAGCUCGCCGUUUACCCCAAACUCAGCAGAAGCAAUCGUUUAUAUUUUGUUUACUUUCAUGAAGCUGUUGAAGCUGAAAGCCCUAAAUGAUAACAGUCUGCUGUGGAAGCUGUCUGAUUGAUAGCUUUUUAUUCAGUAAUAGCUCCUAGUGAAGUUGUAGAAAUGCUUCUAGUGUCUUUCUGCUGCCAAAUCUUGACUGAUUUUGAUCAAGUAGACAUCAGAUGAACUCUUACUGGACUGAAGCAGCUCAGCUUCACUUGAUUCUCCAUCAAUCAUUCUCCAGAAAAAUCAGUGCGUCUAAAACCUGAUCAUCAGGAUCUUCUGAGGAGCUUUACUUUCACUGUUCCUCCAAAACAUCUCACAUCACUGCAUUAUAUGCUUGGAUCCUUUCUGUCUGUUCUUAUUAAGGUAUAUUAUUGGAGAUGUAGAGGGCCUUCAAAUGUUUAGAUAAUUUUUUUAGUAUCUUCUGUACUCUUAUUAAGAUGGCAUUGAAGCAGUGGAGCUUCAUUUAAAUAUCAGAAUCUGCAGCAAAUUAUUCUUAUUUGCUUAUUUGAGUUUAUAAAUAAAAUGGAGUUGUUUUCUUCCUCCAUAUUCACACCAUAUCAAACUAUAUGAGCCAUUAAAGCCUGAUGAUCAACUGAAACACAUAUUCUAAUCUUUGUUUGUGUUUUUCUAGGGAUGUGAAGAUUUAAUAAACCUCUUUUUCUCCCAUGGC